CUCCCUUUCAAGUCCAAUCAGGAAGUGGGGGUAAGUUGAGCUCCGCCCAGGUGCUUUGAGGCUGUGCAUGUGAGCUGAGCUGUGGGUAAGAGAUCUGAAGAUCGGAAGUUCCAAAAUGUCUGGUUUAUGGGAGGAUGUAUUCAGCAACGCGCAGCUGCUAGAGGAGGUGGCGCCCAUCGCUGUGGAUUCCGCCUUGUUGCAGGGCGUUCUUAUGAGGACAAAAGAGACUCCGAACUCUUCUGAUGUUGUGAACUUUGCCCCUUUUACUCUGCUCCCGUCUCCAGUGCCCAGAUCUCUCUUUGAACAAGCCAAGUCUGUACAGGAAGACUUUAAUCUCCUGGUGGAUCGGCUCAGUCAGAACCCAACGUUCCUGGAACAGACGCUCACCAGUGCCAUGAAAGUGGACGAUUUUAUCGAACGGCUUUUUAAAGUCUACAGACACGUGCUGGACGAGGGUCUGGCGCAGUCUGUGUUUUUAGGCAUCAAUAGAUCGGAUUAUAUGUUUGACUGCAAAGAAGAUGGGGCAACGGCGCUGAAGCAGAUCGAGAUCAAUACCAUCGCUGCUAGUUUUGGAGGCCUCUCCUCGCGGACGCCUGCUGUUCAUCAACAUGUCCUGAGGACACUGGGCAAGUCGGAGGAAGCCUGUAAAAUUCUGUCAAACAACCCGUCCCUCGGGAUAUCCCGCGGUAUUGCAAAGGCCUGGGAACUGUAUGACUCACAGAAGGCUGUUGUCAUGUUAUUGGUUGAGAAUAUGCAGAGGAACAUUUUUGAUCACCGAUGCAUUGAGAAUGAACUGUGGAGCAGAAACAUCAAAGUCAUCAGAAGGCGUCUUACAGAUGUCUAUGAAAGGGGAUCCUUAGAUGAAAAGAAGCGCCUAUAUGUGGAUAGAUACGAGGUUGCGGUGGCCUAUUUCAGAACUGGUUACAUGCCUCAGGAUUACAAUGAACAGGGUUGGGAAGCUCGUCUGAUGAUGGAGCGAUCGGUGGCUGUGAAGUGCCCAGAUAUAGCAACCCAGCUUGUCGGCACCAAGAAGGUCCAGCAGGAGCUGAGCCGACAACAUAUUUUGGAGAAGUUUUUGCCUGACUUUCCGGAGGCCGUGGCCCGAAUCCGGGAGACCUUUACGGGCUUGUACUCCUUGGAUAUCGGUGAAGAAGGGGAUCAGACUGUAAAAAUUGCUCUUGCCAACCCAGAGCGAUAUGUGCUAAAACCACAAAGAGAAGGAGGAGGAAACAAUAUCUAUGGAGAUGAGAUAAGAGAAGUCCUGGAAAAGGUUAGACACACCAGCGAGCGCACCUCCUAUAUACUGAUGGACAAGAUCAAGCCUAAGCCGGUGAGGAAUUGUCUUCUGAAAGCAACCGGGCAGCUUCAAAUCUCCGAGUGUAUCAGUGAGCUGGGCAUGUUUGGGGUCUAUGUCAGGCAAGGUGGAGAGAUGGUUCUCAAUGAGCGAGUGGGUCACCUCCUCAGGACAAAAGCCACAGAGCAUGCAGAUGGUGGUGUAGCGGCUGGGGUAGCCGUCUUGGACAACCCGUAUCUUGUGUAGCAAUGGGAAUCUGGAACAAGAAGUUCUCAAUGUGCCUACUUCCUCCUGCUGGUCAUUGGAGGAAUACACCCUCACAGCCUUCCGGUGAAGAUCCAUGUCCCUUAAUUGCUGCUUUCUGACUGGACAGUUAUAUACUCCCUUGGUUACAUGCAGGUAGUUGACCACCAGGUACUAGAAUCAUGUCUCGUAAUGGGGCUUUUACAGAUAUGGUAUAAUAAGCUUAUGGUGGGAAAAGUACACAGGCCAGGCAGCACAGUUGCUAAAUGGUUAGCACUUCCAUCUAGUAGCACUGGGGUUGUUGGUUCAAAUCACAACUACAUCACUACUGUGACGUAUCCCAGAAGACUGCAGGGGAUCCACUCUGAUCAUCUGGGGCAGUGAUGGCGAACCUUGGCACCCCAGAUGUUU